GCGGCCAUGUUGACUGAAGUCUGAAGAGACAAAGGGACAGUGUUAAUGAGAAUUACAGCAACUAGGAGAUUCUCACUACAGCGGCGGAUAAACUUAUGUUUAAACAUCAACGGAGAUUUAAAACUCUGAGCUUUAAAAGGUGACACACCGCUUUCUUGACGGAGGUGUUCAAAGAGUCAACAGGCCACAAAGAAAAGAGCAGCUAUUGAAUACAAAAUAAUUCUGUAUUGACUUUUCAAAUAAAUAUAGUGCCAUUAGUUUCACUAGAGACAUAUUGGUGUAACAUUUCUAAUAAAGAUAAAGAAACACCAAUAAUCUUUAUAGAUCAUAACUCAAAGUUUUUUUUUUUUUAAUUUCUUAUGAUCUUCAGCACUUGGAACCAAAAACAACAUAAAAGGUACUUCAGAGUAAGACUUAAUACUGGCAGCCAAGUAAAGAUAGAAGUAAACAUUUUACAAAAUCUUCAGGGAUAGCAAAAGUAAAAAAAAAAAAAAAAAAAAAAAAAGGUAGUGUUUUUGCAUUUACUUAAAGUCCAAAGGCUAGAUUUGAGUGAUUUAAAAUACACGCUUGCAAAUCGUGUAUUUUAAUAGUGACAGCAGAUUAUAUUUAUUCAUAUAAAUACAAUUUUCUCCUCUUUUGGGAGAGUUCUCUUUCAAACUAUUUUCAAACGUCAAUACCUCUUCUUUUCAAGAGGUCGGCACGUACAAGUGAGAGUAGUACAAAACAAGUGUUUACACAGAAGGGCUUUGGGUUUAAUAAAAGCAUUGAAAGAACAGGAGAUUAGCAGAAGCAUUCUAGAAGAGAAAUCUGCAAGAAAUUGUUGACUCCAAGAACCAUAUCCUGUAGCAAUGGCCACUGCAAGAACACAGAUUCCCACCACAGUCAUUGGAGUCUCCAAACAGAAUGGUCAGGCCAGGUCCGCCGACCUCCAGUCAGGAUUGCAGCCAUCAACAGUGCUCAGUGUCUCCCAGAAAGGAAGCAGCAUACCACACACCAGUGGUGGUAUCAGAUUUGGAGAUGACUGGAAGAAGUCUCUGCAGCUCCCACAAAAGGAUAUGAGAGUGAAAACCUCAGAUGUUACAGCAACCAAAGGGAAUGAGUUUGAGGAUUAUUGCCUUAAACGAGAAUUGUUGAUGGGCAUCUUUGAGAUGGGUUGGGAGAAGCCAUCUCCUAUUCAGGAGGAGAGCAUUCCUAUUGCCUUGUCAGGAAGGGACAUUCUGGCCCGGGCCAAAAAUGGCACAGGGAAAAGUGGAGCCUACCUCAUCCCUCUUCUGGAGAGGAUUGACCUAAAAAAGGAUCAUAUUCAAGCCAUAGUAAUGGUGCCAACUCGUGAACUGGCUCUUCAGAUGAGCCAAAUCUGCAUCACUAUGAGCAGGCACAUGGGUGGUGUGAAGGUCAUGGCCACUACUGGUGGAACCAAUCUAAAGGAUGACAUCAUGCGCCUGGAUGAGACAGUGCAUGUGGUAAUAGCCACUCCAGGCAGGCUGCUGGACCUUAUGAAGAAAGGUUUGGCCAAAGCUGACAAAGUCCACAUGAUGGUGAUGGAUGAGGCAGACAAGUUGCUCUCUCAAGAUUUUGUCAUCCUAAUUGAGGAGAUCAUUGGAUUUUUGGACAGAAAUCGUCAGAUACUGCUUUAUUCUGCCACCUUUCCCGUCACUGUUCAAAAAUUCAUGUCAAAACAUCUCAAAAAACCCUACGAAAUAAACCUGAUGGAUGAGCUUACUCUCAAGGGCAUUACUCAGUACUAUGCAUAUGUAACGGAGAGACAGAAAGUGCACUGCCUGAACACACUUUUCUCCAGGCUUCAGAUCAACCAGUCAAUAAUCUUCUGUAACUCAACCCAGAGGGUGGAACUUUUGGCUAAGAAGAUCACACAGUUGGGAUACUCCUGCUUUUAUAUCCAUGCAAAAAUGAUGCAGGAAUACAGAAACCGUGUGUUCCAUGACUUCAGAAACGGUCUCUGUAGAAACCUGGUUUGCACAGACCUUUUCACAAGAGGAAUUGACAUUCAGGCUGUCAAUGUGGUCAUCAACUUUGACUUUCCCAGAAAUGCAGAGACCUACCUACACCGCAUUGGGAGAUCAGGCAGGUUUGGGCAUCUUGGUUUGGCCAUUAAUCUGAUUACUUCAGAUGAUCGUUUCAAUCUGAAGGCCAUUGAGGACCAGCUAGUGACCGAAAUUAAGCCCAUUCCCGGUAGCAUUGAUAAGAGCCUUUAUGUAGCAGAGUUCCACGCUAUCAACCAUGAGGAAGAGGAAGAAAAGGAGGCUGACCUUGGUGCACCUUAGUUGAUGAGAAACUAUACGAAGAUUCUCCACUAGAGAAUAAAUGGAUGGUGCCUGGCAUUUUGCACAUCUUCUGUUGAACAAGGGCACAAGGGUGAAGUCCCUUUUACUACAUUUGCCUUUUUUUUUUUUUUUUUUUUUUUAAAUGUUUCCACUGUUUUGUUGGCUCUGCAAAGCUGUCAGACUCCAAACUGUUAAAUACCACCAUGCAUGUUACUAGCACUUUUUUUUUCAUUACCAUUGUCUUAGUAUGUUAAAUUUGCCUGCCACUGUUUUGCUUUAUUACCAAAUACAAAAGGGUUCUUUAGUUCAGUAUGGUCAUGUGUAAAACCUACCUCGGCAACCCUGCCCCCCCUAAAAAGUGCUAGUAUAAUUGAGAAUAAUUUAUAUAAUUUUCUGUGAUUUUACAUGAGCACUUGCUUACCCAGUUAUGCAUAACCUAAGUGCCUCUAGUGCUUUAUGAUCACUUAAAGGGACCCUUUCUUCAGGAUUAAGUGGCCUGAAUAUUUUUUAAGAAAAAAACUAAAUCAUCUGCUUUUUCAAAUUUGCUCCACUUGCUAAUUUAUUAUUCUUUUUUUUAAAUAUAGCAUGCAUUCCUAUAAGACUAUUGUAUGUCUGAGCCAGCUUGUAUUUUACCAGUUUACCCAGUGGAGGUUUUUUUUCUUGUUGUUCAUCUGUUUUGAUGUAAUAAUACAAACUGACAAGUGCUACUGUUAAAAAACAAAACAAAAAAAACAGCAAUUGCCUGUGUGUAGUUCUCAAAGCUGUUUAAUGCCAAUCUGAGCCAAUUCAAGCCUGCCUUUACCUAGUUUCUGUUUAAAUUUUACCAUCUUUGAUGCAUUGUGAGUAGAAGUUGUGCUUUUACUGACCUGUAAAAAGGGAGACCAUCUAAAGCUUUUGUUCCAGAUGUCAGUGCCAGCAUCUACACUAUUAUUUUCUUUGAAAAGAAAUAAAGUAUCAGCAUAUUUUCA